UAUCUCUCUCUCUUUUCUGUUCUCUGCCUGUUGGUCCCCUCUGCCGGCAAACGUUGCACAUAACUCACUUGGGUCAUUCAUUAUUAAAUCUAUUAUUCGAGCAGAAAACAAACACCAAUAUACCCAACUCUUUAAUCUGGUCAUUCUCUGAGAUGGCUGAUUCUCUAGACGACGGAGAGUUCUGGCUUCCCUCUGAAUUUCUCACAGAUGAUUACAACCUCAUGGACAAAGAAAACAUCAACAAAAAUGGCCUCAACAUCGGUCUUAGCUCCAAUCGCUGCUUCCCCGCUGAGUUUCCCUGUGAUUUUGGAUAUUUAGGCUUGUUUGGUUCGUCCCCUGUUUUCAGCUCGCCUGUUGAUUCCGCGGUUGGCUCAUACGAAACAGAGAGCGACGAGGAAGACUUACUCACUGUACUGACUCGCCAGUUAACUCGCUCAACUCUCCGGGAAACCCAUAAAGUUGCUUCCGGAACUGAGAAUCUGGAGAAGAGCUGGGUCUUGUCCGGCUCGCCACAAUCAACACUAAGUGGAUUCGAAAGUUGGUUUGGCAAUGGAAGCCCCAAUGGACCUUCUCAGAUGUCUUCUCCUCCAACCACGCCAUUGGGUGCGAAUGACGGUUGGGAUCUCAUAUACCGGGCCGCAGGGCAAGUUGCAAGGCCGAAGAUGAAUUCUGAUGGGUCCACCAAAGGCAGAGGCCUCUUGAGCCCACCAAGGACUCGCACUCCGGUUAACUAUUUAGCGCCGGCGAAACCACCCAACAAUGGGUUCUAUAAUAGCCAGUGUCUCUCGCCCACGCUGUCGCAGACCAACCAUCAAGUGAACCAUGACCAGAUGAUGAAGCAACAGGGCUGUGCUGUUUGGAGUAGGCAGGUGAAGGAAGAUUGGUACUCUGGAAACCGAAUCUCUCAAGACAGAGGCCCAAGGGUUGGUAUUGGGGGUGGGUUUGUGGAGUGUGGGAAGCCACUGGGUUUAGCUCAAUCUGCGUGGCCUCCUUUGCUAGCUCAACACCAAAAUCAGCAACUACUGAACAGUGGGAAGGGUAUGAGAUCGGUUUCUCUGGGUGGGUCUUGUGGUGGUGUUCAAAAAAGGUGCACCGGCACUGGUGUGUUUCUUCCUCGCAGAUAUGGAGAUCCCUCUGAGACUCACAAGAAGCCAGGUUGUUCAAGUGCUCUCCUUCCAGCUAGGUAUGGUCAAGCUUUGAACAAGAACUUGGAGGAUCUGACUGUCCUUGCCCAACCUCGAGCUCAGCCCCGCUUCAAUGAUACUUUCAUCCCAGAAUAUGAUUUCCUAAUGGCUGCUCGGAGGACUGCAUUUGUGGCACAACAGAGGCGGGGUAUGUGGCCUGGAGUACUAACGAAUCAUGAAAUACGCCUCCCUCAGGAAUGGACUUAUUGAAAGGGUUCUUAUCAGUAUGAAAUGCUUCUCCUAGUUUAUUGUUUUGUUGGAGAUAGCAAAUCAAGAUAGAAGUUAUGGUAAUGCUAUUUUAGGCAAAGAAAUGUCGAAUGAAAAAAUUAUAAGGAGUCUAGUUUAAGAAGAAAAAUAAGAGAUCCAAGU